UCGGGUGCCUUGUUCUUUUCGGUCAGCCAUUUUGAAAUUUUAAGUGGAGUUUCUUGUGAUAAAAGUUCAAUUAUCUUCCAAUGGCAUCGCGAUUACUGACUUAUUCUUUAAGAAGCUUGUGCAGGGUGUCUAGAGGAAGCCAAUCGCGUGUUUCAAAUGCUUUUUUAACCAAAAGAAACGCGUCAGACGGUGGCAUUGCAAGAGAUGAAGAUCAAGUGACAGGUCUUGAGAAAAAAGAACUUGAAAAAAUGUUGGAAGGAGACAUGGAUCCCUUCAAUAUGAAAGUUUACACUGGGCCAGGAGGUACUAAAGCAAAUCCAACAAAAGUUCCAUCCAUGGAUGAUGAAAGAAUUGUUGGCUGUAUAUGCGAAGAAGAUAUGACGUACAUCCAAUGGAUGACAUUGAAGAAAGGCGAACCUCAGCGAUGUGAUUGUGGCUAUUUCUUUGAGCUGAUACCUGGUCUGCCCUACAAUCUCUCUAGUUAAACAUACAAAUAAGGACGAUAGUUUAUUAAAUUCUAAGUUGAACCAAACCAUUUACUAUUAAUGAUAUCAGUAUAUUUUGCAGACUCUAUUUGGAUGAAUUUCAUAAUAUUUUGCAUUGCCUGUAUGUUAAACUAAGUUUUAAAAAGUCGUUAAA